AUGUCGAUCAUUCACCUCAGCAAUUCUCCAUUAUCCAGUCCAUCUACCAGAGCUAUGGGUUUUACAACAGCUUGGAAGAGGCUAUCGCCUACUCAACUCAACAUUGCUAUUCAGACAUUUGCUUUGAUCUCUAUCUUCUUCGAAGGCUAUGAUCAGGGUGUCAUGGGUGGUGUCAAUGCAUCGCCAAACUAUGUCAGCGAGGUCAAGAUUGGCCAACCUGAUGGUACAGUGACGAAUACCACCAAGCAGGGCGGUAUCGUCAGUAUCUACUAUCUUGGUGCCAUCGUCGGUUGUUUUGUCGGUGGAUGGGCCGCCGAUCGCAUUGGAAGAAUCAACGGUCUCUUCUUCGCUGCCAUAUUUGCUCUCGUUGGAGGUGCCCUGCAAGCUGCCACCCAGAGUGCCGAUUUCAUCCUCGUCGCCCGUGUAGUCACAGGCCUUGGAACAGGAGCCCUCACAGGCAUCACCCCCGUCCUAGUCUCCGAAGUCUCGAGCGCAGAACAUCGCGGCGGCUUCCUUGGCUACGUCUUCAUCGCCAACUACCUCGGUAUCUCCGUCGCCUACUGGCUCGACUUUGGCCUCUCCUUUGUCAACAAUGGAUACUCUGCUGUACGCUGGCGCUUUCUUCUCGGUUUCCAAUGUUUGCCUGCCCUGCUCCUUCUCGCAGGCAUCAAGAUGCUGCCAGAUUCUCCUCGCUACCUGGCUUCUGUGGGUAGAAACGCCGAAGCCCGCGAAGUGCUUGAGCGUGUGCGUGGAUCUGCAGACCCUGAAGCUGUGGAAAAGGAGUUCAAUGAGAUUGUCGCUAUGGCCGAGGAUAUCAAGCCCGCUUCUCCGAUUGAGUUUAUCAAGAUUAUGUGUGGGCUUGACAAGGACAAGGGUGCUCAUUUGGGUCGCAGAGCUUGGCUGUGCAUCUGGCUGCAGAUCAUGGCGAGUUGGACUGCUUCCCGUCACGAUCCCUCCAAGGCAGCCAGCAUCGCCCCUGCCGCAGUAACCAUGCUAUUUCUCUUCAAUCUCGUCUACGCAUCUACCUGGGGCACAGUCGCCUUCCUUAUCCCGACAGAGAUCUUCCCAAGCAGAAUGCGAGCACAAGGUAACGGUUUUGGAAUCACUGGCUGGGCCAUCGGUGUCGGCUGGACCGUUCUCGUCAACCCAAUCAUGUUUGAGAACAUCCAGAGUCGAACAUACUUCCUGUUUGCCGGCCUGAACUUCAUCUGGAUCGGUAUCGUUUACCUAAUCUAUCCCGAGACCUCAAAUCGCUCGCUUGAGUCCAUCGAAGCCAUGUUCACAACCUCACCCUUCUACUGGCAGAUGGAGAAAGCAUACGCCGAGAACAAAGACAUGUUUGCUACCGGCAAGCAUGAAAUGGAAGGAGAUAGACUGUCAAAAGAGAAGGAGCUGGAAUGUUCGCACGAUGAAUUGCCACAUGUAUGA